UCUCUCUUAUCAAUUAGCUUUCUAAGCCUUUCUCUCUCUUUAUCGAUGGCAACUCGAGCAUCCUUGAAUGAACAACUUCUGGAGAUUAUCAAUUAUAUGGAACAAGAAGGUAUAGUGGAUCACCACUUUAAGUUGGCCCGCUCUUUAAAGGAGGAAAUUAGUCCUUUCUUUUUUGCAGAGUUGAUUCCCACCUACUGCUCUGAUGCACGAAUCACCAUCAAAGAGUUGACUGAUACAUUAGAACAACUUGAGGUUGAUUAUUAUCAAUUGGAUGAACUAUGCUUGAAACUUAAAGGGGGCACGUCAUGCCUUGGUGCUUGUCGCAUGGCACGUGCAUGUGCCGAAUUUCGUCGUGCUAUUGAUGAAAAAUCUAAGGAUGGGUGUGUCACAGCAUUGAGUAUGAUCAAACAAGAGUUUUUAAUCUUACAGGACAAUUUGGAUAAUAUUCUUGAGGUACAUAUGCACUAUUUCUUAUAAGUUUCUAGAUUUUUUAGUAUAACACUAUUAGAGAUAGAAAGUUAUUAAUAGAUCGCUAUCUCUUUCGC